GAAGAGGAGGAUGACCUGGAUGUUGUUCCACCCUCCCCUGAGGAAGAGCUGCCUUCCAUCUCACCAUCUGUACAGAGCAUGAGUCAUAUUUUCAAAGACUCUCCUACUGGUGGAAGAUCCCCAGUCAGCAGUGGUGAGUCCAGGCCUGGGAAGGUUGUCACAGCCCAGCCUGUUGCGGAAAGUGAUCCGACUGCAGAGGAUGCAGGCAGGGGCCUGUCCCUGGAGCCCCUGCAGGAGGUGAUGACUGCCAUCUGCCAGCUGGUGGAUGCCAUCCCACUCCACGAGCUGAAGACUCUGUCCUGUGCCAGAGAGCUGCUCCAGCAGAGAGAUCUUAGGAGAAGGCUGCUCUCUGGCUCUGCCCCCUGCAACAAAAGCAGCACAAACAGCUCUACUCCCAAGGACUGGCCAGGGUGUGUGGAGCAGGGCCCUGCUGCACAUCCCGGGCCUGCCCUGAGCUCUGGCCCCAGCUGGGGCUCCAGUUCUGGCAGAAACGCACCCAAACCCUCCAGCCUCCCCUCGGUGCUUCCUGGGUCUCUGAAUUCAAGCAGUUUUUCUACCCCAAAAAAUCACACCUUGGGUAGCUCCUACACUUCAGAGCAAAGCAUUGAGGAGAUCACCUGCUCGGACACAGCAGAGCUGGCUUCUCCCAAGGUCCAUGGCAGAGAGGGAGCUUCCCUCAGCCUUGGCUCUGAGACCUCCUUCAGCAGCAGCUGCUGGGAAAAGCCAGGGGUGAGGAGCAGUGGGAACCUGCUGGAGAGGCCCCUGACAAGCACAGCACUGAGGCAGCAGAGCGGUGUCAACGAUACAGACUUUGACCUCGAUCACUUUGACAUCGAUGAUUUUGAUGAGGACUGGGAGAGUUCGGUGGAGGUUUCAGCACCCAAGGUGACGUCUGAGCCGUUGUACCAGCCCCUCAGGGAAGGGCCACCUGCCAAAUCCCUCCUGUCAAAGAUCAUGUCCAGAGCCAAGGGAUCUUCUGUUCUAUCAAAUUCUGCUGCUCCGAAAUCAAGCUGCUUGAUGGCAUCAAAGAACUAUGCAGAGCCCCCAGUGAGUGACCCUGCCCUGGAGAGGUUCAGGGGUAGGACAUUCUCCCACUCGGAGGAAAUGAUGAACGUGUUUCACAGGAAGUUUGGGUUGCACUGCUUCCGGACCAACCAGCUGGAGGCCAUCAAUGCUGCCCUGCUGGGGGAGGACUGCUUUGUCCUGAUGCCCACAGGAGGUGGUAAGAGCCUGUGCUACCAGUUACCAGCCUGUGUCUCUGCUGGGGUCACCAUUGUUAUCUCUCCACUGAGGUCACUGAUUAUAGAUCAAGUUCAGAAACUGAAGACUCUAGAUAUUGCUGCAACUUACCUGACUGGUGAUAGAACAGAUGCUGAUGCUUCAAAAAUCUAUAUGAAAAUGUCAAAAAAAGAUCCUGAGAUAAAGCUACUGUAUGUUACUCCUGAGAAGGUCUGCGCCAGCGGCCGCCUGAUGUCAGCCCUGGAAAACCUCUAUGACAGAAACCUCCUGGCUCGGUUUGUCAUUGAUGAGGCCCACUGUGUCAGCCAGUGGGGCCACGACUUCCGACAGGACUACAAGCGGCUGAGCAUGCUCCGCAGGAAGUUCCGCUCUGUCCCCAUGAUGGCCCUCACUGCCACUGCAAACCCCAGGGUGCAAAAGGAUAUUCAGAACCAGCUCGAGAUGCUAAAACCACAGGUGUUCACAAUGAGCUUCAACAGGCAUAACUUGAAAUAUGACGUGUUGCCCAAGAAGCCCAAGAAGGUGGCCAUGGAUUGCUUGGAAUGGAUCAAAAAGAAUCAUCCACAUGACUCUGGAAUCAUCUACUGCCUUUCCCGGCACGAGUGCGACACGACAGCUGCCGUCCUGCAGGGGGAGGGUCUGGCCGCGCUCGCCUACCACGCCGGCCUCACCGACGCCAACAGAGACCUUGUGCAGAAGAAGUGGAUCAAUCAAGAAGGAUGCCAGGUUAUAUGUGCAACAAUUGCCUUUGGAAUGGGCAUCGACAAGCCCGACGUGCGCUACGUUAUCCACGCCUCCCUCCCCAAGUCCCUGGAGGGUUAUUACCAGGAGUCGGGCAGAGCAGGGCGGGACGGGGAGGUGUCUCACUGCCUGCUCUUCUACAGCUACAGUGAUGUCACCAGGCUCAGAAGGCUGAUACUGAUGGAGAAAGAUGGAAACAGCCACACAAGGGAGACUCACUUCAACAACUUGUACAGCAUGGUUCACUACUGUGAGAACAUGGUGGACUGCCGCAGGAUCCAGCUUCUGGCCUACUUUGGGGAAACCAACUUUAACCCCACCUUCUGUAAAGAUCACCCAGAAGUAACCUGUGACAAUUGUAGUAGGAAGAAGGAUUACAAGUCAAGAAAUGUGACAGAUGAAGUGAAGGGAAUCAUAAGAUUUGUAGAGGAGCACUGUGAACAAAAAGGGCGGACAAAGAGAAGCUCAGGCUCUGGCAGAUACACACUGAACAUGAUGGUAGACAUUUUCUUAGGUGCCAAGAGUGCCAAGAUUCAGUCUGGAAUAUUUGGGAAGGGAGCUGCUUACUCAAGGCAUAAUGUUGAAAGACUGUUUAGAAAACUGGUCUUGGACAAGAUUCUGGAUGAAGACUUGUACAUCACAGCUAAUGACCAAGCAGUAGCAUAUGUCACACUGGGAGAGAAAGCUCAGGCUGUGCUGAAUGGAUCCCUACAGGUGCAGUUCCACGAGACAGAGAGCGCCAGCGCGGUCCGGCGGCAGCGGGCAGCCGUGGCCAAGGUGUCCCAGCGGGAGGAGAUGGUUAAGAAGUGCCUUGGGGAACUUACAGACACCUGCAAAACGCUUGGGAAAGUCUUUGAUGUGCAUUACUUCAACAUUUUCAGCACUUCAACUCUAAAGAAAAUAGCAGAAACCCUGUCCUCUGAUGUGGAGGUUCUGCUGCAGAUUGAUGGUGUCACAGAAGACAAACUGGAAAAAUAUGGUGCAGAAAUAAUCAAAGUGAUGGAUAAGUACUCUGAAUGGACCACACCAGAAGAUGCCGCUGGCCAGAGUGUGGACACGGGAAACACCAUCACGCUUGAGAGUGAUGAAGAAGCAGAAGAUGCUGUUACAACCUCAAGCUAUUUUUGCAAUAAUGGAAACCAAAGAAGGAAAAGGAAGAGGCUGCCGAACUUCAGAGAAUCAAAGAGGAAAAAGACAAGCAGUGGUGGCAGCCAGCAGUUUCAUCCCAAAGGGGGUUACAAGUACAGAAGGACCAAAAGGCCGUUUAACUCAAAGGCUCCAGCUUCCUCUGGCCACCACUCAACGUCCUACAGUGUCAGUGCCACGCAAGGAGCUGCUGGGAAGCUGGGGAUUAUGGCACCACCAAAACCCAAAGCCAGGCAUUUCCUCCAGCCUUCAUACUCAAUAUUGUAA